ACGGCCCAAACAAAACUGGGAAACGCCGCGAUGGCAACGCAUUUCAGCUCCGGGCAGUAUGAAGAUGCGUACAAUCCCCGGAAUUUGCAAAGCUGGAGUCUUCCCAAAGUCACUAAGGCGCAUCCUUCUGCCCGGGAAGGUUUUACCCAAUUUGUAGCCAAUGACAGAGGUCACUUGCUACCUUCGAUCCCACGCUCUAAGGCCUCCCCUUGGGGUACUUAUUUGAGCACCUGGGAUAUGCCACUGAAAAUCCCACCAGCCAAAGUCACUUUCACUUCCCGUUCUGUUGACGCAGCUGCCCGGCUCUCCCAAUGGAUGAAUAAAUCAGUAGCCUUGAGCCACGCGUGCAACGGACUGUGCCCGGAGAUCUUUGGCAAGCCCUCCGUGCCCGUGACAAAGGAGGGCGUUUCCAAACCCAGCCGGCCUGCCAGCAAACAGUCCGAGCAUCCCGUCUCAACAGGGAAGAUGCCGGCUCGAGACGUGGUCCGGUCCCGAGGAGCCGCCACCCCCAGUGGCCCUCUCUCCCGCCAGCCUGGCAGCAUCGACCUCCGGAUGAAAGACAAUGGGGGGCCAGAUGCCCAGGAGGCCCCCGAGCUGGGGCCCAAGUCCCCGAAGGAGAAACCCGGCGACAAAGUCCCGCUCUCCCGCCAACCGGGCUGCAUGGACGUGCGUCUGAAGGAUGCCAGCCCCCAGCUGCCCACGCCGAGCCGCCCCAGCUCACGGGAGCCCACCCCCCGGAGGACGAUCUCCGCAGAGGCCCCUCCAUCUGGUCGACCCAGGUCCCGGGAAGGAAGAUCCAAGGGCAGUGGCACACCUGAGCUGUUGACUCCCUGCCGUCCCGGCUCUUUGGAGGUCAACCCUCGGGGUGCCCGUUCGCCCGAAGCAGCGUUGCCCUCCGGCCGGCCACUCACGAAGAGCAGACAAGGGUUGGAGGUCCAGAAGACGGCGGCCGAGAGGAACGCAGCCAGACCCCUUUCCUCCACUUAAACCUUCGCGGAAGGCCAGAUUUAAAAAAAUAUAUACUACCAGUAGUUGAAAGAGAAAGCACCCCGUCUGUAAAGCCUUUCUCUCUGUUUCUCCCUCUUUGUUUUCGUUUGUCCCCACCUCCCCUGUUCCAAAAGUCUCUUAUCUACAUGCAUCCAACCUCUUGGCUAGAAGCCUCUUCUGCGGAGCCCAGAAAGGGCUGAACUUGCCCACCCGUGGCUUCCGUGCAUUGUUCACCUACUUGCAGCCCCGGGAAAUAGGAAGAUGGUUGGGGCCAGCCGUCCGUGGGACACCAACACGCUGCCACGGUCCGACGAAACCAAAAAUCGCAGGGGUGGCUGAACGACGGAAGGGGGCUGUUAACACCGAAGGGGUGUUUUCAUGAUAAUAAAUAAAGCUGAUCGGUCAUUGAA